CUACAGUAAACUGAUGACCCUGAUAACUUGGCCUUGAUAACUUGUUGAAAAAUAGCCAGUCAGAAUGCAGCUUACGUAUAAGUGCUCUAAUAUAUAUAUGGAUGAUAUAAAUUCAGGGGAUUAGGAGUUUUAAUACUAUGAAUGGACCUGGAGGAGUUUUAGGAACAAAUCUGGGGAUGGAUCAGUUGUUCUCCUUCGUUUCCGUAUGUUUCCUUUGUCCGUACAUGUGGAUUGUUGUUGCUGUUAGCACAUUGUAUAUCAUUAAGAGGAAAUACUUCGGUCAUUGCGAUUGUACUCUUGAGGAUCGUUUGGAUGGUAAAACAGUUAUUGUUACGGGAUGCAAUACGGGUAUUGGAUUAGAAACGGUCGAUGAGUUGGCUCGUCGUGGGGCCCGCGUUAUAAUGGCAUGCAGAGAUCUAAGGAAGUGCGAAUUGGCUCGACAGGAGCUUCUGACUAGAACUUGUAAUGAGAAGCCAUCAGUAUUGAGUGUUCAUCUGGAACCAGAUCAACUUAUUUGUGAAGAGUUGGAUCUGGAGUCGCCAAAAUCUAUUCGAGAGUUUGCAAAUCGUAUCAUUAGUAGAGAAAAAUCAAUUUCCAUCCUAAUUAAUAAUGCUGGAGCAGAUUUUCCAGAGAAGAUUUACGAUGAGCUUGGAAUUGAGAAACACUUGAAAGUGAAUCAUUUGGGUCAUUUUCUGCUUACCAAAUUAUUAAAACCGUGUUUGCAAGCCUCGGAUGGGAAACCUUGUCGUGUAAUUAUUCUGUCAUCUUGGUUACAUUGGCUUGCUAAAUUACACCCGAAUAGCGGAUUCUUGUCAGGUGUAGGCUCUGGUUAUGCUAUUAGUAAGCUGUUAAAUGUGAUUCAUGCACGUGAGAUUUGUAGACGCUGGUCUGGAGACGGAAUUAUUUCAGUCAGUGUUCAUCCAGGCUUGGUGAGGACAUCUAUUUUUCGCUCAUCCAAAGGGAAAUAUUUUUUAGUCUACUAUUUGUUUCGAUGGUUGACAAAAACAUCCCGUGAAGGUGCCCAGACGACAGUAUUUUGUGCGCUUGAUAACAAUCUCAUUCCUGGUGCAUUUUAUUCUGAGUGUCGACCACGUAGAUGUAAUUCUCAAGCAUUAAAUGAUGAGAUUUGCGAUCAUGUGUGGAAAACUUCGGAAGCACUUAUCGACGAAUGGAUAUCAUUUAGUCAGAAGUAGAAUUUGAAAAUACUUUUUAUUACUAAAUGCUGUGUUAAAUUAGUCACACGUAAAUGCCACUGAGCUCGUACAUUGUCGUCGUCUUACUUAUGCGAAACAGUAAAACAUUUUCUGGAUUCUUUUUAUUCAUUUUGCUUAAAUGACUAAUAUUUCACAGUAAUUUAUAUAAGUCACUUUCGAUUGUACAUUGUCUUCUUUCCAUAAGAUAUGAACUACUGUCGAUGAAGUCUCUCCCGUUGGGGUGGAAAGCUGUUUUGAUAGAUAGAUAGACCUGAACAGCAACAGGGAGUGACUUUGAAAAUAGUUCUUCUCUAGUUUUUGCGAAGACAUCUGCUAAUGCACGGUUUACAUUUAUAAAUAAAUGUGAGAAUCUCUAUUAUUUAACGGCA